ACCAUUUUGAUUUCCCUUGCGCAACUUUUCCCCUUCUCCUCUAAUUCUCUCCGAGGUUCAAUAUGGACGAAGACGAAGAUAUUGCUGCUAUCGAUGCCAAGAUAGCCAAGUUGAUGGCGAAGAAGGCGGAGAAGGCGGCGAUGAAAGAAAAAGAGCGACUUGCUCUAGAGCAAGAGGAAGCACAUGUUCUUGUCCAAGCCACGCCUACGAAGAAUGAGCGAAAGAAGUCUGAUUCUCUUUUUCAAGCACCUUCUCAACCCAAAUUCGUCUCCGCCUCAUCUCUUCUUCCACGUGAGCGAAAGCCGGCCCAAGAGCUACAACCGUUACCUAUCGUACCGUCUACCAUGGCCGCCAAGAUGGCCGCUCUCAAGCAGCGUUCAAAUUAUGUAAAAUCCUCUCGACAAACUUCAGCCUCUUCCUCAGCGUCUGCGAGCAACAGUUCACGUCUAAGUUCAAAGCCUUCGUCAUGUCGUCCUGACAAGUUAAAAUGCGAACAAUCUCGGAGUCCUUCGCUAGAGGUAGAAGAUAAGAAACCGGUGAUUAGAAGAGAUGAAGAAGAUAGCACAAUCAUUGAGGAACUGGAGCUAGGACCGAAGCAGUUUGGACCGGAUCCUGAAGGCCAAGAUGAGUGGCUCAGCGUGGAACCAAACUCAAACAUCCGUCUAAAAAAACGUGUCAUGCCUCAUGCAGAUCUUCAGGAAUUCCUGACAGGCCGAUAUUAUCUACCUCCGUCAAAAUUGUACUCUGUUGUCCGCCUUUCUCGUGAUGGAACGUCAUAUGACGUUCCAGUCGACGAUGAAUGGGUCACCAUAGCAGUAGUCGCACAAAGAGGCCCAAUCAGGAUUAGCGGCAUGAAGGAGAAACGGGUGGGAAGUGAUCGGGAAGAUAAUAAUAAUGAUAGUGAUAAUGACGAUAGCGAGGAUGAGGCGGGUUAUUCCGACUCUGAUGAUCAGGACGGGGAGGGCAGUGGUGAUAUUAAGGAACUGAUUGGCGAAAAAGGAAGGUCUUCUGAAAGACCGAAGAUUACGAAGAAAAAGAAGGUCAAAGAAAAUUCAAACAAAGAUGACUGGAAAAAGCAUCGUGAACCUCGAAAAUAUAUCAACUUCACACUCUGCGCCAUGCCUCACCGCAGCAACAAUGCUUCCACUCCCACUGGCGACGCCCUCCUUCAUCUGUUACUUUUUGAAGCUGACCAUUUUGUACGUGUAGAGCACGGGAAUGGCGAGGUGACCAAAUCGUAUCGAGGAGGUUCGGGAGGCGCUUACGAAAAGUGGUGCAACCUGGGUGAGGGCAGCGUGAUUGCCAUAUUAAACCCUCGCAUCUGGCGUAAUCUCAAGGGCCAACAUGCCAAACCGCAUCCUAUGGAGUUUCCUUUGGGUUUGAAUCCCGUCUCUGAUGAUUCGAUUGUUGUCAUCGGCCAAGCGCGAGACCUAGGGCACUGCACGGCAGUCCAAAGGGAUGGAAACCGAUGCAAAUCUUGGGUUGAUCUGCGACAGAAUCCGAUUUGCGAAUAUCAUGUUCAUGCUGCUGUCAGGAAGAACAAAUCGGGCAGAGGCGAGUUCACAGCUAGUACCAAUUCUUUUGCAUUAGUCAAUGGCACGCGAAGUGCGAAAUUAGGCAAUAGGAAAGGCCUUCUACCACCUGCAGGUGCGAGACCCACUCCACGUGGCCCUGACAACGGCGGUGGAGGCGCAACAUACAUUGUCGGCGGAGGCGUAAUUAACACUGGCCCAUUCGGUGACGAAAACAUUGCCGGCCGGAUUGGCAGGAGUCGUGCGGAAAAGAAGAAGAGGAGACAAGAGAAGAAGGAGGCAGAGAAGGAGUUUCAGAUGCUGUAUGAAAGGGAAAGGGGAACAGGUGGAGGAACGACGGGGGGGAUGUAUCUGGAGGCUUUGAAGCGGAAACACAAGAAAGAGGAGAGCUCGUCAGAGGAGGAUGAAGAUGAGCAGGAAAGAAAGCCUGUGUUUUCGGCGGAGGCAAUCAAGAGGAUUGGAUAUGAUCCGUCGGCGAAGAAAGGGCAGUUUAGUAAAGAGGAGGGCCAGAAGCGGCUGGGAACCAUUGCAACUCUCGAGGAAUUGAGUACAGGGUGCCGUAUGGAGCGUGCUGCCAAGCGCCUAAAAGAAGGAAAGCUCGCUGCCAAAACACUACCACCAAAAGGACAAAGCACCCCAUUGUUGCAGGACACCUCAAACCCUUCGCAGCCCCGACAUAUCGAUACUCUUACAACUGCCGGACGGAACAAGGAUAAUGGCAAGGUAAAUGUGGAUCUGUUAAACAUCGGAAAACAGCCGCAUGUCCCGAAGAUCCGUCUUCCUAGACCACUCCUCAAUCGCGACGGAGAUGACGACAUGAUAGACCUUGAUUAAAAGACGCCUGUUGUAACUUCGAUAUAACCACCCUGUUGAGCAUUUCGUUAUCGCAUUUGUAGCAUCUCCGUUCAUUAUUACCUCUGCACCGACUCAUUUACACCAUGCAUCAAGUUUC